AUGGCUCAAUUUUAUGAGAUUGUACAGCAAGAUGAGCUGAAAAAUGUAUAUCCUCAGUUAAACAUCGAUAACAGCAUCCAGCUGGUUAUGGGCGAUGAUAUUCAGUUCGGCUCGCAACAAGUAAUUCUCUCGCAGGAUCAAUCUACAGACAUGCAGUUGAUCGGUGGUGAUAAUAAUCAACAUUUACCGCAGAUCGUGUAUCAGACUACCGCUCCGUCGAUUUCGCAACCGCCCCAGCUGCAGCUGACGACGUCGCAAUCGCACAUCCCGGAAGCGACCUUCCUUGGACAGACGGACAGUACCUCUUUGAUGUCGACGGAUACGUUCAUGCAGCCAACGAUGCAUAUGCCGCAAGUGCAACUGCCGCAACAACAGCAACAGCAAAUUUUUUACACUGACGAAAGCACCGGACAACUCGUCCAGGCUGCUAAUAUUUUACAGUCCCACGAUUCUAUGCAUGAAUCCCAGCAACAACCGACACUGCACACGAUGCAGACUGCUGCAGAGCAGCAGAUACAACAACAGCAAUUGCAGCAACAGCAGCAGCAGCAGCAGCAGCAGCAACAACAACAGAUUUUGCAACAACAAAUAGCGCCGCCGCAAAAACAACAACAGCAGCCCCAACUUCAGUCAUCGCCGCAACAACUUGCGCAGCAGCCAACAUCGCAACAGCAUCAGGUCGUACAAGUUGUACAAGGACUACAACGCCAGCAAAUAAUUCUUCGUCACAACGAUCCGACGAAGCAAACGCAGCAAACGCAACAGCAGCUAAUGACUCAACAACAAUCGACGCAGGUGAUACUCCAAUCGCAGGGAGUACCGCAGCUUAUCCAUCAGCAAACAGUGCCGGCGCAACAACCGCAGUCGACACAACAGUCAGAUCAGCAAAUUCCGGCGACUACGCCACAAAUCGUCUUCGAGCCGGCUGCUCAGCAGCAACAGCCAAACAUCUCGUUAUCGCAAGCGAUCCACCAGACGGCCAACGUGACCACGACCGCGGUGCCGCAACUUCAGGUGAAAUCAACACCACUGCAGCUUCCACCGUUGCAGCUUCAGCAAUCGCAGCAAGCGCAGCAGACGCGAUUCCAAAUAGGCAAGGGUGGUGCUAUAACGAUCACGACCCAGCAGCUGUUGCAACAGCAAUCGCAGCGCCAAAACCAAACGCAAACAACUACCAUGCAUCUGCAGCAACAGGCAACAACUAGCACGCAAGUUUUGCAUCAGGGUGGCGCGCGACACUGUUUGAUUAUAACGAAACCCUCGCAGCAACAGACACCGGCAGCGCAAGUUAAUUCCUCGCCGAUUGUCUCCAACCAGCAACCCACCGUUCAGGUGCAAUCGAACCCGAUCGUAUCACAAUCGUCGCCCGCUCCGACCGGCACUGGUCAGGAGCAGCAGCAACCGCAACUCAAGCAGGAAACGGAUCAAUCCCAAGGCUCUGGCCAGCCAUCGACGAAUCUUGUAGUUGAGACGGAACCAGCCGUGAAGGUAGAUGGAAGCCCACGUGCGCGAGCGCCUCGGACGCGUGCUUCCAAAGCGACCAACCCCCGACAACCCCGCUCCGCGGUAGCCGCCGUCAGCACUAUGCAGCUGCGUGGUCCUCGGCCACCGGUGGAGACAAAAAUUAUCACCACCACCACCACCACCCCUACUCCUACUCCCACUCUCACUCCCACUCUCACUCCCACUCUCACUCCCACUCUGCGCUCCCCCAUGGUUGUUACGUCCACGGCGAACACCACCACCACACCAACGACACCACAGACGGUGCAAAUAAUGGGAAAGGCUAAUUUCAUCAUUACGAAUCCGCGGGCCAAGAUUUUCACCAUCAAUCGGCCCCAGCUGGCAGGAGGUUCUGGAACUAUAGCGGGCAGUCAACCACCGCGAUUAGCCAUCAUGCAUCGGUCAAACGUAACGCAGUCUGCAGCUCAAACAAUAACUCCUAUUUCUCAGCAGCAAUCGCCGUCGCAGCCGCAACAACAAUCGCAGUCCCAACAACAAUCGGAGCUUCAGCAACCAUCGCAGCCACAGCAACAGCCGCAGCAAUCGCAAACGCCGCAGCAAUCGCAACAACAAUCGCAGCCACAGCAGCCGAUACAAUCGCAGCCAGCUCCGCAAGUGAUUCAGGUCAGCCUGGGUUCGAGUACGUUGCAGCUGAACGUGACUUCACAGAACACAACGAUGCCGACUGUAACGACUUCAGCGACAACGACUACCGCUACGCUAGUACCUCUUGUAAUGAGCAGGACGACACCGCAGAUCAAGAUUUCUACAGGAACGGGUAAUGCGAACCGUUCAUUGACGAACGAGCUGGAAGACCUAGAGGAUAGCAUUAAGGCAGCUGUGCUACCACGUCGUGGCAACGAAGAGGGUAUUUCCGGCAGCACACCGGUCUCCACGACGGUGCCGGUGUCGGGAGCUAUGACUUCUUCCGGGUCGAUUUUUUCCAUCCAAACCCAGGCGACGGCUGGAAGCGUGUCCGAUCAGUCGUUCACGACGGGCAGCAACGAUCAAUCGGGUGGUUUGAUCCAGCUAGGUAACGGUCAGACGAUGACUUCGGCGCAGUUCCGCACGUUCCAGGAGAAGCAACAGCUUCGCCAGCAGGAAGCAUUCCGGGGUGGAUUCAAUCAACAGAUCCGAGGGAGGAUUGCGACACGUGGCAUGAUCAUACGCCAACGGGGACCGCUAAAUCGGCAAAUGGUUACGAUGCAAUCGCAGCAAAAUCAGCAACAGAUAGUCCUACCUCAGAUAACGACUCUCCAACAAGGAAAUAUCCAAAUCUCGACGCACCAAAUCCUACAGCAGCAGCAGAUAACACAACCCGUUACGCAGCUGCACUUACAAGGGACGAUACAGCAAAUCACGCCAACUACAACGCUAAAGCAGGUUUCGGCGAUCGGACCCCACUCAGGUGAUUUGGAGUUUCGCGAAAGCGCUCGCAUGCUGGUGAUCCUGCAGAGUGGUGAACAGCGAUUGAUUACGUUCACGCUACCCAAGGAAAGCUGCACCGUGCAGGACCUGCUCGAGCAGGUGCACGUGCGGUACUCACCGGACAGCAACAUCCAGUGCAUCUCGAACCCGGGUGGGGACGUGGACUACAUCGUAACGGUGGGCAUCGGUACGGCCGAAACGUCCGAAAUCAUCCGCCAGGCGGAGCUCACGCUCCGUGGCCAGUCGAUACAGCUGCAGCACCACCAGCUGCAACCGCAAAUACUGCAGUCCCAGACAAACAUGAUACAGCAGACGUGCGUGAUGCAACCGCCACAUGCGAUGACGCUUACUGUGCAGCAACAUCCACAGCAGCUGCAAAAUGUGAUAACCCGAUUUUCCGACACGUUUCGGCAGACAAUUUCGCUGGACGGAACGCCUGUAUCGAUCGCGCCGGCGACAGUGAUGGAGACCUAUCUGCAGAUACCACAGGAUGCAUCGGACCCGAAACGGGGUACCAAGCUGGUGAAAGGGUACCUUGCCGUCUGCGCGUCCUGUGGUUAUACUGGGCUCGAUCACGCCAAAUGCCAGCGUUGUCGGAGGGUAUUCACGGAACCGCCGCGGCGCAUUCCCGAGCCGGACAAGUCGCUUACCUCGUCGCCGCAAUCGUUGUCAUCGAACCCUCCACCACUCGUGCCAACAGCGACCUCGACCCCGAUGAUAGGAGCGGUGCGCAAGUUCGAUAUCUACGGCAAGAAGCAAGCGAUGACUGCUAUGAUGGCCUUGCGAGGGGGCCGAGGCUGCUCGGUGCGUUCAGGACGCGGCAGGGGACGCGCGAACGUGGUCACGAAAUAUCAGGACAUCGAACCGGUGGUAUUUACGCUCAGCAGUGACGACGAGGACACAUCCACCAACGAUGGCACAAAGACCACCAAUAAAUCAUCCGCGAAUAAUUCCUCCAAGACUAAUGUGUCUUCUACGCAGCCCAUUAAGCGCGAGCCGCUUCCUUGCGAACCGAUUAUCAGCGAAAUGGACACUAGUGUUGUCACAAACGAUAGGCCACGUUUAGAUAUUACGGAUGUGAAGAACCUUCCGGACGGACAAAUUACACAGCUCGACUGCAUAACCAUACGCGUGGGUUCACUGAAGUAUGAAGCUAAUGAAAAGGUGACAAUAUCAACGAAAGGGCUCCGGAUCGUGGCACCGAAUGUGAAGCGUCCGGCGGAAUUUGUGAGCCUGGAUCUGCAAAUGCUCGAGAUAUCUAAGGUUUUGGUGAAUUUUUCAAAAGGAAUCAAUGUUAUAUUUGUAUACACGACGGCGUCCUGCGGGGCCUACGUCCGGAAACACCUCGAGAUGGACCUUAGCUCGGAGAAACUUCCCUGUUUCCGCCCGGAGAGCCUCGCAAAUGAUUCGCUGCGGCGGAUCACGCUAGUUAUGGAUCGCGUCAGUGAAGAGGCGAAGGCGAUCAUCAAAAACAUAUUCCGGCAUGGGUGCAUGGAGGAGAUUUGCAUCCGUGACGCUAACGAGCUGCUCAUGCGUUCCUCUCCAAGCCGCUCGCUGAAUGCGUCUUCCUCUGCAUCCUGCGCUGCCGAUGGCAAUGGUUCCGGCUCGAGUGAUGGCCUGGAUGCGACAGAAAUUCGCAAGUUAUUGAUUUACCCACCGGGCAAAGGUGGCAUCUCCAUCAACACCGAAGACUACAUGUGUCUGGCGAAGGAUCAAUAUUUAAACGACAUAAUUAUUGACUUUUAUCUAAACUAUUUGAAACUGGAGAUGCUGGAAGAGGAGGAACGACAAAGCGUUCACAUCUUCAGCACAUUCUUUUACAACCGGCUUACGAAGUUGUCGACGCGGCAGCAACGUGGCAGCGGAGCAUCGGGCAGUGAUAAGGACAUGAAGCAGACGGCAGCCCAGAAGCGACACGCACGCGUAGCCAGUUGGACGAAGAAGGAGAACAUAUUCGAGAAAAAGUUUAUCGUCAUUCCAAUCAAUGAGCAGUCGCACUGGUUCCUUGCAAUCAUUUGCUUCCCGGGUCUGGACGUACCGGUGACGAUGAGCAACAACACGCCCACUUCGAAUGUGUCCGUUACCAAGUCGAAAGCAAAAGGAUCGUCCCGGUCGAAGCCAAACCUAUCGAUGCAGAUUGGAAGCACUACAAUCACGCCCGUCUCCAAGCGGGAGAUAGAGUCGAUCAACCUCGGCGAGGAUGAGUUGUGCGAGCGCGACGAAGCCGAGGGUGACGAAAGUGAACUGGCGAGUGAGACUGAAGAAACCGACGAUGAACCAACGGAAGACGAUCGGCAACCGAUCAAGCAACCUUGCAUCUUAAUUUUCGAUUCGCUGACGGGCGCGUCCCGGAGCCGCGUGGUCGCAACGUUGCGCGACUACCUGACAUGCGAGUACCGGGUGAAGGUGCCGAGUAAGCCGCCCAAAGUAUUCAACAAGCUCAACAUGCCCGGUCACUGCGUGAAGGUGCCGCAACAGAAUAACUACACCGACUGCGGGCUGUAUCUGUUGCAGUAUGUCGAGCACUUUUUCCUGGAACCGAUCAUAGAUUAUCAUUUACCGAUAAAGCAGCUACAGCAUUGGUUUGAAACAAUCACGGUGACGAAGAAGCGAGAAGACAUUUCGAAUUUAAUUAAGGAGCUGAUCGAAAAGCACGAUGACAGUGUGCUACCUCUGCCAGCUAUCGAAUUACCUACAUUGAACGGUAAAUUAAUAAUCGAUCCAGAUGACAGUCUGAACGACGCCGAAUUCGAAGAAGAAGACGACAUGGGUGAUGAAGAUUAUGUGAGUCGGUACGAGCUGACGCCCGACAGCGAGGAACGGCAGUCCUCGUCCAGUGCUGGCACCGAGUCGAUGCUUGAAACCACGCCCCUCAGUGGUAGCAGCCUAAUCAAACCGAUCGGCUCGAAAAGAACGUUCAAAAUCAAACGCGUAGGGGGGAACUCCUUAUUCAAUCAAUCGUCUAGCAGCGGAAACCUGCUCGAUAACUCGUCAGCGUCCGAAAGCACGCCCAGCAGCAACCCUUCCAGCAAGCGGGCUCUCGAUGGGAGCAUCGCCGGUACAGGCAAAUCGAGCCCGCAGCAAGAUUGCGUGCGAGUGAAGGUGGCGCGCCUCAGCGGCGAUUGCCAAAAUAGCAAGGUGGUAACGACGCAAAUAUAACACGCACCACGUUGGAUGAUGGAAUAAAUUUUAAUACCGCUUGGACGGAAGCGCAGUAUGUUUUGCCAAUUCCUUUCAUCCAUUCCACUGCCGAAGGGCGGACGGCAUUUUGGAAAGGCUUCCGUCUCGUUAAAACCCAACAUGGGGCUGGAAUGCAGGUUUUCUGCUGGCUUCGAAGCCACGCAUAAUACGUUCGAUUGAUUACUGAGUAUAUUGUUGACCGAUUGCAAGUGGUUGUGCUUCUAACGCGCACGUUUCGUGUUACCGAAAGCAUGGUUGGCUUUCGACAGAUCCUUCAAGGAUACGAUUGAUAAACUGCCUGACAUUAGCACCCAGCAAUCAGCUGUUGAUGGAAGGAUUGACCUUGCCAUAUAUGAUGAUAUUUUGGCAUUUGUUGUGAUCGCUUCGUUCACACUGCGUAGGGGUUUUAGUUGCGGUAGUUUCUGGCAGAUGUCAGGUUAGCUAGCACUUCAUUGAGGUUAAGAGGCUGCGGCGCGCGAUACAUGGAAUAGGAUGAAAUCCGUUUAGGCGUCAUACAUGUGCGUAACCUUAGAUUUAGCCGGGCGUACUUCAACCCGCUCUCACGCCGGAACAUCCUGCAUGUGUUUCCUACUACCAUUUAGUUAGACUGUUUUAUGCGAUAUUACAUUAUUACAAUAUGAAUUUUCUUUAGCCUUUUCAUUAAACUUUCCAUCGACUUAUAAUUCUAGAUCUGCGGAAGAAUUAAGCCUAUUUUGUUGAUA